AUGUCCACACGCCACCUCCGCAAGCUGCAGCAGCGGCUGCCAGACGCGCCCGCCGCCAAGGACGGCGGCGGCAGCGAUGAGGAGGAGAGCGAGGAGGACUCGCCCCCUGCCAAGGCGCCCUUCAAUCCGUUUGAUCUGCUCACGGACGAGGAG